CCCGGCGGCUCCCGCUUGUCCUGCCACCUCCCACCCUCUGCCCACACUGCUGACCGGGGACGCCCGCUCGGCUCCGGGAGGAUGGCCGCGCUGCACACGCUGGGGACGGGGCUGGUCCUGCUGGGGGUGCUGGGGGUCCUGCAGCCCCGGGCCGAGGCCCAGGUCUCCCUGCAGCCCAACUUCCAACAGGACAAGUUCCUGGGUCGCUGGUUCACCGCGGGCCUCGCCUCCAACUCGAGCUGGUUCCGAGAGAAGAAGGCGGCUCUGUCCAUGUGCACGUCGGUGGUGGCGCCGACUGCAGACGGCGGACUCAACCUCACCAUUACCUUCCUCAGGAAAGACCAGUGUGAGACGAGGACUCUGCUGAUGCAGUCAGCAGGCACCCCCGGCUGCUACAGCUACACCAGCCCUUACUCGGGCAGCGUGAACGACGUGUGGGUGGCAGCCACGGAUUAUGAAAACUACGCUCUGCUCUACACGUCGGGGACCAAGGGCCUGGGCCAGGACUUCCUCAUGGCCACGCUCUACAGCCGGACCCAGACGCCUGGGGCCGAAGUGAAGGAGAAAUUCACCACCUUCGCCAAGGCCCAGGGCUUCACAGAGGACUCCAUUGUCUUCCUGCCUCAAACCGACAAGUGCAUGGAGGGGCACCCGUAGGGGGCCCCGCCCGCGGGACCCGGCCGUGCUGCCCUGCUCCGCUCUCCACCAAGACCCCCAGUCCCCGGCCCGGGCUCCCCCGGCCACAGCCCCUGCCCCCUCCUGCUCUCUCCUGCCUCUGAGAAUAAAGCCCUGAAGCAAGUCA